AUGAAAUACACGUGCGUCGACGAUCUGGAGCCGGUGACUUUGUUCCACAUCGCAACUGCCAUGCCGGCGUCCCAGCCUUCCCACAUCGAGUGGCACACCGCCGGCCAGGCCUCUGAUGAUCUCGAGCUUCCUCAUGAUUUAGAUUUUGCACAACAAAAGGAGCACUCAACACCGGAUAAAGACCCCCAGGUGAUUCCGAACUCGCAAUGGUGGGAGGAUAGUUCCUUACCACCCGUCCCUUCGCUUUAUGUUGGGCCAGAUGAUACUGUGGAUAGCGACACGGACGAGGAUAAUGGCGGGGAUGGCGGAGAGGCAGACGGCGGUGCAGAUACACAGUUCUAUCUAAAACAGAUCCUCACCGAGUCAAUGGUCGAAUCGCUGCCCCUUCCGCCCCAGCAAAAGCUCAAGGCUAAAGCCAUCAUCCAUUCGGAUCCGUAG